GGUAUCCGAGAUCCGCAUAUCUAAAUAACUACACCCAAUAUGUAUUUAAACCUAGACCCGUAUCGAGACCUGAACCUGCAUUUUCGGGUUGGUUCUGGUUCUCGGGUCGUGGUAAAAUGCCAGUCCUAUUACUACAUAUGGUGUUGAUGAUGAAUGAAGUGGAAGGACAUACAACAACUGCUUUCUUUUUGAAGAGAGAUGGUCCGAUUCAGGAAUUCAAAUUUCGGUUCAACGAGAUUUAAAUUAACCGGUUGGUAUAAUAAAAACAUAACACUCUUAAAACUAAACCCUGCCGUGACUCGUCUGUACUUGUUAGCUGCGCCUCCUUCUCUUCCGUCUCUCCUCUCGAUUCCCUGUAAGCAUCUCAGAUUCCUUUCCUCUCAGACCAAUCUCGUGCUUCCGUUUCUUCCUCUGGGUGAAGCAUGGAGCUUUCCGACCCAACGAACGCCAAAAGCAACAAAGCGAAGCAGCCUCCAAAGCGCUUCAUAAAGAACCAAAUCCCAGAGUCGAUCCUCAACGACGCAUCCCUCAACGCGGCGAUCUCCCUUCUCCCUUCCAUCUACCAGUUCGAGGUCCACAAAUGCGUCUGGCGCAUCAGUUCCACAAACGCCAAACGCAUCGCUAUCCAGCUCCCGGAGGGUCUUCUCAUGUACGCUCUCACUCUCUCCGACAUCUUCACUUCCUUCGCUGGAGCCUCCCACUGCUUCGUCCUCGGCGACGUCACUUACGGAGCUUGCUGUGUCGAUGACUUCUCCGCCUCUGCUCUUGGUGCCGACUUGCUUAUUCACUACGGUCAUAGUUGCCUUGUCCCUAUUGACUCUACCAAGAUCCCUUGUCUUUAUGUCUUUGUUGAGAUUCAGAUUGAUGUCAAGUGCUUGCUCAACACCAUCCAUCUUAAUCUCGCUUCUGAUAUUAAGAGCAUCAUUCUCGCCGGGACCAUUCAAUUUACUUCGGCUAUUAGAGCUGUGAAACCGGAUUUGGAGAAGCAAGGUUUCAGUGUUUUGAUCCCUCAGUCAAAGCCUCUGUCGGCUGGGGAAGUCCUUGGAUGCACAGCGCCUAAGGUUUCGAGGUUUGAUGAUCAUAAAGACGCUGUCUUGGUGUUUGUAGCUGACGGGAGGUUUCAUCUGGAAGCGUUUAUGAUAGCUAAUCCCAAGAUAAAGGCGUUUAGGUACGAUCCGUAUCUUGGGAAGCUGUUUUUGGAGGAGUAUGAUCACAAGGGGAUGAGGGAGACCAGGAGGAGAGCGAUUACGCGGGCCAAGGAUGCGAAGACUUGGGGGAUCGUGUUGGGGACGUUGGGAAGGCAAGGGAACCCCAAGAUUCUCGAGAGGUUGGAGAAGAAGAUGGAGGAGAAAGGGAUUGAUAGCACCGUUGUUUUGAUGUCUGAGCUUAGUCCCACGAGAGUGGCCUUGUUUGAAGACUCUGUGGAUGCUUGGGUGCAGAUAGCGUGUCCGAGGCUUUCUAUUGAUUGGGGUGAGGCAUUUCUUAAGCCGCUUCUUACGACUUUCGAGGCUGAGAUUGCUUUAGGGUUUAUCCCCGGUUGGUGGGAGAAUGGUUCUCUGAGCAGAGUUGGGUCUUCUUCCUCUGGCUGCUGCAAAGAGGAUAAAGAAACAAGCUGUGCGUGUAGAGAUGAUAAGAAGGAUGAUGAUGGGGUGCUCGAUGGAGACUAUCCGAUGGAUUACUAUGCACAAGAAGGUGGUGAAUGGAACUCCUCAUAUCUCAAGAAGUCUUCACGUCCCAUUCGAAGAAACCCUUUACCUUCUUCUUCUGUAGUUUAGAGUGCUGUUAGUAAAAAUGCAAAUGGGCUCUGUUGAUUGUGCCAUCAAGAUUCUACGGAUGAGUUGUUAUUAGUGACUGAAACAAGCUUGUUGGCUGUUUAUGAGACUGACAACAUGAAGAGCAUACAAGGGGUGAGGAUUAAGAGAAAGCUACAACACUCCUUUACUGACAUCUUGUCUUUUCAAAGUUUCGGUUAUGGAUUGCCAACAAAAUGGUGACUGAAGUGAAACUAUACGUCUUGUCUGUAGUAAAAACUGAUGAUCUUUGCUUUUCAAAUUUUAUCCGGUUUUGUUUUUGGUUGUGAAAUUAUUGUUUAUGCUUUGGUUUGAUCCUAUCUAGUCACUCAUGGAUCUGUGGGUAAAACAAGAAAAUUAUCUGAUCUUUGAUGCAAUGAGGUUAAAUUUCGUUA